AUGAAAACCUUCAAUGCGCUGAGAUCAAGCAAGAUGAAAAGGUAUCAGAUCCACCUGCUUCAGUUGUACCAGCAACGACGGAUGUCGAGAAAGGGAAAUUUCCAUCGCUUAGCAAUUUCAGUUGACCAAGAUGUGGUUGAGAAACCAAAUGGGCCUAGCUGUAAGCAGGUGAAGUUUAGCAGCAUAUUCACGCGGGACAAACAAGCUUCUAGGCUAGUCCCCCAUGAGAAAAAAUGGGGAACUACUCGUAGUCUAGGCUGGAAAGCAAAGAGUCUGUGGAAACAGAUGGUGGGCAUGUUUAUGAUGUUACUAAGACUCAAAGCUCUGAAAAUAUUGGUGAUAGCAAUGAACUGUUAGCAAAAAAAACUGACAUUGAAGUUGUUAAAAGUUAAGGAUGAUAUCAUUUCUGUAAGCGAAUCUGAUGAUGACGAACUUAGUUCUCAGAAAGACGUCCAGCAAGAAAUAGAUUCAGAGCGUUUCGAUAAAACUAAUCAAACACUUUUAAGCCAGGCUAAACAUAAUUCAAGUAACGCAUCUUGCAAAACAAUACUCAGUCUGGUUCUUCCUAAACUUGGCAACACCGAAAAACAAACUCAUGAUCAGGUAUCAGAGAUGGUUUGAAACAGAAAGGAAACAACAGUGAGUUUCAGUAGGAAUAAACUUAAAAGAGUUGUUACGGCACAAACCAGACAGAAAACAGAAGAAGUAGAAGCUCGUUUGUUCAGAGCGAAGAUAGCACCAGAGAGCAAUUCCAGUGCUGAGAAAGAACUAACGAAAAAUAUUAGUAAAGAUAUGUUCAAGGGUAUGGAAGUUUUGGGACAAUUUAAUCUGGGUUUUAUCAUCGUAAAACUGGACAAUGAUUUGUUCAUAAUCGACCAGCAUGCUUCAGAUGAGAAAUUUAACUUUGAGGAUCAACAGAGGAACACGACAAUUAAGUCCCAACUUCUUAUUGUUCCCCAGAAGCUUGAACUAACCACUGCCAAUGAAGCUAUCCUUAUGGACAACGUGGAAAUAUUUCAAAAGAACGGAUUUUAUUUUGAGAUUGAUCACAAU